AGACCCAAACAGCAUCAACAGACAAGCAGAGAAUACCAAACCGAGACAAGCCUCCAGCACCGACACACCUACUAGUAAUACAGCUUAGAAAUGGACAAAAUAUGAAAAUGUCAGCUUGUUAAACUUGCACCUCGUAGCCUUGCAUCUCAAAUGCACAGGAGAACUAGCCGUCUUUGUAUCCUUCAACGUUUGUGCACAGGCUGGACAAUAGUAUUGCUGCGUGUGCACACCCGAGUAUAUCACGAGUGAUGGGCUUAAGUUAAAUCAGGCAGAAAAAAAUAACACAGAAUGACUGCGUGCGAUCAUUAUGGUCAUCACGCAAGGAGUCAUCAAAUUGACCGGCAAGUGCAACAUUUAGGAUAGUCUAUCUGAAGCUUCAGCAUGGGUUCUCGUCUGAGCCGUCAGAACAGUCUGGACAACGAUAAUUUUUCAAGGAGGCGCCGCAAGCAUCUCGACAGCACGGGAGAAAGCGACAGGAGUGGAAGUCGUGGCAGCGGAGACUUCUUGUUUACAUCACUGAUGCUGAAGUCGGACAAGCUACCGGGGAUGCUGCGCCGAACCAACCACAGUCCCUACGUGCGUCGAGUCACCUGGAUCCGAGAGAUCCAAAAACUGCUCCGUGAGCGCAAGCUCGAGCAGGCGACAGACGUGCUGAAAUUAUUGAGGAAGGACCUGGGUUUGGAGGGCACAUCCCUAAACGAUAUCUUAUAUAAGAAUGCAGCCUUCCUCAAUCUGGUGGAUCCCAUCUCCCACGAUUUGCUGUUAAGCCUGGCCAGAGACAUGCAGUGCCCAAAGAAGGAUGCUCAGGACACUCUGAAGUCCUCGGAUAAAAUCUGCCGGCAGCUCAUCUACCACCUGACACCGCAUUCCAAGUGGCUGCGCCAGAGCAUGUCCAGGAGGAAGUCACAGGCCUGCUUGAAAAACACCCUCCAGAAGAAACAGUCUGCCGAGUCGGUGGACCUUUCGGGAAUCCCGCUCUCCACCCGCGACGUCCGGCACGUAACGCUCCACCUCCAGACCAGCGGGGCCGCCGUGUCCGCUGUGGACCUGAGCUUCUGCGAGCUGCGCGACGAGGGCCUGUGUCUACUCCUGCCCGUGCUAGCCACGCUGCCCAAGCUCAACACACUGGCGCUCAACGGCAACCGACUCACGGUGGCUGUGGUCAAGGACCUCACUGAGACUCUCAAGGACCCCAAGAGCUUCUCGUGCCUGGCGUGGAUCGACCUGGGCAACAACGUGGACAUCUUCACCAUGCCCCAACCCUUGCUAGUGGCGCUUCGCCGGCGCUGCAGUCUCAAGAGCAGCCUGCCCACCAUCUACGAGUACACAGAGGGCCAGCCCUACUGCUACCGAAUGGAGGCCUCAAUUGAGGAGCCCAGUGUCUACGAGGAGGAAGAGGAGGAGGAAGAGGUGGAAGUUGAAGUGGAGGAGGAGGAGGAGGAGCUAGAGGCUUGGGGUAUUGCCGAGGACGUGAAGGGUUCGCCUAGUUUUACUCUGCAUUAUUGCGAAAGGUGAAUCCAACACCCCCCUUCCCCCCCGUGGCAAACACACACACCUCCCCAAUACCAUGAACAACAGCCGUGCCGACGACAAGCGGGAGUUAAAGAGGCAAAAGCAGAAAAGACAGAGAAAGAAAGGGAGAGGGAGUGAGAACGAGAGAAAGACAGAGAGAGAGUGUUACAUGUCCUUCCUCAAUCAAGCACUUCUCUCAGUCCAAAUACCUUUGACACCUUCUUUCUCCUCUAUCACUAUAGCAACUGUAAGGUCACCCCAUCGUGGCAAAUAGUAAUACCAUCAGUCAAAGAGAUGUUUUACUAACAUACAUGGGACUAAAACAACUGUGUGUUCACCUCAGUAAAAAACAAAAAAAACACCCCACCGGUGACAGUUGCUGUGUGUGAUAUCUAUUUCCGGGGGGUGCCACGUGUUGGACAUGAAACACCUGCGUCAGUGACUUACUGUGUUGGUGGAUGGUGCCCCUGGGAGUGAGGUGGGGGUUCAUUUGAGGGGGGGCUAGAAGAGUCUUCCGGAAAGGUGUUCUCUUCUCCCCUCAGUCUUCUCACGCGGCGGAGCAGUGGCCGGCCGUGGUCCUGCUGAAAAAACAAAGUUCCCAAAACCGGCGGCGUGGCAAAGAUCAGACGAGACGCUCGACACUCAACCACAUGGCCCCCCCGCUGGCUCCACUGAUGGCGGAAGGUUUAGGAUGACGACCCAGCCUGAUCUGACGGCGUUCCGUUUUUUUUUUUUUGUGUUUUUUUUUCUUUUUGGUUAGCUGGGUUGGCGUGCGUUAAGCCGCGAUGAUCGUGUUUUCCCCUACAGCGUAACUGAGACCCUCACUCUGGCAGCCCACUGGGCCUAGCUUCCCUUACACUGUGCAUGCAUGUGUGUGUGUGUGUGUGUGUGUGUGUUAUUCGCGUGAGUGUGUACGUGUGUAUUAGUCCCUGUGUGUGUGUGUGUGCUUGUGUGUGUGUAUGCUGCGCUGUGUGUGUGCUCUGUUAAUCUCUCAACAAAAGCAAUGAAACCCGCUCAACAGACUACACAGCCGACGGACUGUCACGUGACGGCCGCAAAACUGCUAAGUCAAGACUUUUGCAUUUUUCCCCCCCUUUCCAAAACGUUCACUUGUGAAUGCCCAUGCACCACUUGUGUCGUGUAGUCGUGAAUAAUGAUACAAAACAUUGCGCUGUUGUAUUCGCUAUAGGCUGUUUUUUUCACUCUGUCUUUUUUCCUUUGCAUUGUGUGUUGAUAAUGAACAAAGCAAUCUUAGAAGACAACAAGUGCAACGGAACAAAGGAUUCUCUAGUUGUGUUUGACUGUCACCUCCUUGCUUCAUUGCUUUUCUGAUGUUAUUUUCGGCUGUUUAUUGCCAUCAAGCUCAUUCUUCCUCACUCCGGGGCGAAUACUAAUGAGCCGUUGGUAGAAAAAUUAAAACUUAAUUGGCUGUUUCUUAGCUUUUGGCUAAUCAACAAAAAGGAUCAUCAGACGACAAGUUCAAAGAGAUACCAAACAGCACAUUACAGGUCAUCACUGAGCCAUUGUAGCACAAAUUUGAGUCAUGCUUUGAAUACAUUAUGUGCUGAAAGCAUCAUAGAGAGAACAUUCUCAUAAAGAUAGAAACAUCAGUGACUCCAGGGCAGAAAUAACUACUGGGGCAGAUAGUCUGAUGAUCGAGUUUAAACAAAUCGAGUUUCACAAAUAGCGAGAGACCAGUGGACCACUGAGGGUAGUUUGCAGAGGUUUUGCUAACAUGUUUAAGCAUAGUGGAACACUAGCUAAUUACAGACAAGAUACCAUCACUUUACCACUUGCAAUCAAAACACAUUUGUAUUCAAUCAUCAUAGGCUACUUCUUUGUUCAUUACAAUAACAUACCGGUUUGUUAUUUCCUUAAUAUUUUUGGCAAUGAGCUAAAAAUAAUGGUGGAUUUAUGAGUUUGUUCAUUUGGGGUGCUGCUAAACACAACCCCUGUAGCCUCCUGGCAAAAUGCUCAGCAGCCAGUCAAAUUAAAUACCUUUCUUCAGCAGCCUAAUCUGUAGCCUAUGUGCACUACAGCGUUCCUUAUGUUUCUUGUGGGGAAAAAUAAAAUUAGGCUACAGAAUGGGUCGAAUGGUAGGGAAUUAUACAGUUGAAAAUACUUCUCUGAUAAGCACACCCACUUACAUGGAAAUGUCACCUCAUACAGAGAAGUGGGCUAUUUUUAUCUUCUGUAAGUGUAGCCUAACCUUGGGACAAAAUUUUACAAAAGAAGUCCAAGAGGAAUAGGCAUUUGGGGUCUGAAACCUUCGAAACACUCCAUUAGGGGGUCCCUGUUUUCCGACACUGCUGGCAGACUGGUGUCAAGCUAUUCAACAAUAUUUUCUUUGGUCGCCGCUAGUCUUCGAUUUACGGUGAUUUGCAUUUAGCUCUUACAAUGUAAACAAUUGUUACAGUUAUAUAUCCUAUAGCUAUUGCCGUUGACUUAUUUAAGUUUUAAAAAUGAUUUCACUUUCACACUAUGUUUCAUAAAAAAGAUACACACACCAAGAAUCACAGAAAUCUAUGCAAUGGAUUUCUUGGAAAUAACUAUUAUUUCUCCUUGAGCACAUUCUGCCAUAUUUGGUUUUUGCUGGAUGGGUUUUUGGUGGUUAAUGCUAGAUCAGAUCGGUUAAGUUUAGGGUUAGGGUUAGGUUUAGUCAGUUACGAGUAUUAGUUACAAGAGCAUCAUCAGGAACGUCAUCCGGAACUCACACCCCAUUGUCCGUCCAGCAGAUCUGAUCUAGACACUACCAUUUUUGGUAGAGCUAUGCCCAACCUGCCCAAGUGAACCAGCUGCGCCUGGCUAGAAAUUCCGUUAUUGGUUGAUUGUUACAUCCAGAGCACUGUAGUCGCCCCGCCAUCUCCAACUAACACAGUAGCACAGUAGUAACACUGUAGUCUGUUGCACAAACAAGCAUACAGUGUUAAUAAACCUAACCAUACUUAACUGAGGGAAAUCAUGGAAGAAUGUGUUAUUAUAUUCUCAGAGAUUAAAAUGUAUUAUUGUAUCUCUGUGAUUAUCUGUGAAUAAUCAUUACAGAAGAAGGGCUGCACACAAGGAUCCUUCAAAUAAAUAUUUGGGCAGCCAAAUAAGGUACAUUAACCCUUAAAGGUGUACCGUCACAUCGGAGUGAUAGGAAUGUUGGAAAAUGAACGUUCUAAAGAAUUUUAGAACCUUCAAUUAUUGCAGAACGGAAUCUUAUGUUAGAAUGUUGAAAAACCCACACCUUUAAGGGAUAAGGUGCAUAUCCAGCAUAUCCAGCAAGUGUCCAUUGCUAUCCAAAUAAGACAAGAGACAGAGAAGCUCAAUAUUAAAACAUAUAGUGUAUUGCCUCAUCACAGCAUGUGUACACAGCGAAAAUGGUGGACCCCUGCUAGUUUUGUAAUGAAUAAUACACAGGAGAUAGACAUAACAUGCACAGCUAUGUAUGCUUUUGGCCAAACUACACUUUUUCACUUGGCAACCAGUGAAGCGAAUGAAUUAAAAAAGGUUAUUGAAUGUUUUUGUGCCGCAGACCACACUUAAUGGUGAGGACUGUGUUUGUCCCCGGGUGCAGUCUUAAAUGAGAGGCGAAAAAAAAAGAUUAGUAUUUAUGGUGAGCUGCCGAGAAUAAUAAAAGGAUUGUUUUCAUAUGCUUGUCCGUCACUAGACUCCCUGCCCUGUCUGAUUAAAUGUGCAGUGUUUUAGAUGUCAUUGACCUAUUAUGGGAUUUUAUUAAAGAUUCAAGAUAUUCAAGAUAUAAAUAUUCAAGGCAGUAAUGUUUAUCUGGGUUGAGAGAGUGCUAAUUUAUAUAUUGUGUGUGUGUGUGUGUGUGUGUGUGUGUGUGUGUGUGUGUGUGUGUGUGUGUGCAUGUUUGUAUGUAUGUGUCUUUGCUUACUUCCUGGUUGUAUGGAUAGAUAAAUAAUGACUGUUUCAUCAAAAUCAAUACAAAUAAUCUUUGCAGUAUUGCAAGUGUGUAGAGUCUUUUGGAUUACAUGGAGAGGUGAAGUUAAAAUACUCUCCAGCAGCCAUUCGUGAUGCUUUAUUUGGCAUCACAAUACAAGUGCACCUCUGAUUGAUGUCUCAUACUCUCGACCACUUCCAUCGUUUGUAUAGCCCUUUAAAAGCAAAGCACAGAAAUGUUCUAGAAUGUAACAGAGGGUUCCAUGACACAAGCUCUAUGGGGAAGCAAAGAAAGGUUGUCAGAUGACCUUCAAGGACCUUUACAAUGUAAGAUAAAAUAACAGGUUGAGAGCUGUAUUUUGUAGUCGGUGCACUUUAAACAGUUCUGUCUCACUUUGAAAUAUGAAGUCUAUGAAAUGUUUAAAUGUAGCAUUUUAACUUUUACUCGGUGUUGGUUUCAUUGUUUUAAUAUUUAUUCAAGACAGUUGCUGUUUCAAAUUUGUAUUCCUAGCAUUUUAAAAGUUUGUCUUGUGAUCUGUGUCAGUGUACUGUAUUUAUAUGUGUAGUAUUUUCUCAUCUGUGUUAAUCAAAUAUGUGUAUGCACAUAUCUGUUGUGUCUGAAUGCUGAGUAUUUUUCUCGUCAGUGUACUUGCUUUAGCCUAGUGUCUUACUAAAGCUCCGGAAGGUUCUUUAGAGAGCAUAUAACAUCGUUCGGGAGAACAGUGGAUUGUGGAACAGACCCAGUCACGAUCAGGCCCGUGAUGCUCUUUAGUGUCGUUGUUGCUCUCCGGAACCCAACAAUGACUCACAUGUCAUUGUUUGAGUUUCUUGUCUACAGUCCAGCGUACUGAGAUCCAGAAUUAAACACUUGCUCAAGGAAAAAAAAUGUGCAAUUGGUUUGGCACAUUUCUCAAAGGAUAAUGGACAAUCUGAAAACAUAUCACAUAGUUCACAAUAACAUUAAUUUUCUAUUUGUUAUUCGUUAAUAAUGCAAAUUUAUAAGGACAAUUGUCUGAAGUAAUAUAAAUAAUAUAUUAGUCUGCAUUCGCCCUGUUUGUUAUUAUUAAUAUGAUCCUUUUCAUAUUUUCCUUUUUCCAGAAAAUACAGUGGUGUGGCAAACAUAAACAAACAAAUCAACAAAAACAAACACCAUCCACAGUUCUGGGAGUGGGGAUGAUUUUAUUUGUAGGUCCAGUGAACUUGUCACUAGUUUUCUGCUGCCUUGAGUGACUGAUAAUGAUACAGAUUCAUUCAAGUCUUUUCAAAGCCAGGGGAUGUGUGCAGAAGUGGAUGUGCUGGGGCUGAAAUUUACUGUACAAUGAACAAUGAAAUAAAUAUUGAGGUAAAGAGUUAUUUACUAUUAAAACACACAUGAAACAAAUUGAGAGAGUUACAGGCUUUAGCAAGUAGUGUGUGUUGUUUCCUGCUGAAAUGCACUUCAUUUUGUAAAUGUCGAGCAAUGUGCCAAAGCAAUUCAGUAAAAAAGAGAACUAUAAGCCAUGUGUUCCAGCGCGAGAUGAGCUCUUUGGUCAAGAGUCUAGCAGUAGAACCCAGAUAGCCGUACACAGCGGAAUGAAUCUGGCCAAUCAGACGUGUGCCUGAAUCGGGCCAGAUCCAUUGUCAUAGCCAAUCAGCUACUGUCUGGAUGUGUUUUUGAAAUGUACUUGAUAAGACAAUGUAAUUGAAAUGUGCUGCUUAUAUAUUCCAUAUGUUGAAAGAGGACUAAACUGAUUGUAUGACUGAAUUGAAGAGGAUGUCCUGUAGGUUUAUAAUGUAUAUGUAUAUAUGCGGUACUGUGUGGUGCUGCAUCUGUGUCCACUUAACCCACUUGUUUAUUUGUUUGUUUGUUUGUUUGUUUAAUAUAUUCGUGUCAUAUGUGAGGACAGCGUCUAACAUACACAAUUCAUUUUAAGACUGUUCAACUUCAGUAAUAAUAAAAUGAAAUUAAAUAAAAUGCUGUAUGAAUCAAA